AAAGAUUUGAAAAGUCUCAAAGUUGAAACUACAUUACGUAACGCAAAUGUACAACCCAUACUAUAUUUAUAUCCCACAUACUCUAGUUCUUGAUCAAUGCACAAGUAAGAAUGUCAACUAUCUGUGAAGGAAAGAGUUCAUGGCCGGAGCUUGUUGGGGCAAGAGGAGAUGCGGCGGCAGCAACGAUUGAGAGAGAGAAUCCACGGGUUGAUGCUAUUGUGAUACGGGAAGGAUCUUUCGUUACAGCUGAUUUCCGAUGCGACCGUGUGCGGGUGUGGGUGAACUCUAAUAGGGUGGUCGUUCGCCCUCCUGUCAUUGGCUGAGCUCAGUGACUUACUAACAGCAACUCACCGUAUUAAAAUGUCAUAUAUAAAUAAACAAAGAAGUUUUAUAUAUACCUCUUAAAAUUUACUCUACUCUAGAGUUGCUUAAGAUAUGUCGUGUUAUUGUGGACGUAAGAAGUGUAUGAUGUAUGCAUGCAUUAAUAAAUAAAACAUGUGAUAUAUGUAUUACAAGUUCCGUGUUAA